AUGGCGUUUUCACUCCUGUUUAGCACAGCGUUGCUAUCCGUCUUGUCUGGCAUCAGCUGCGCAAUAGCGGAAGAUGUUAAAUGUGGAUGCGGCAGUUCUCUGCCCCAAGGUGUCGAGCUGGACAAAUCUGUAAAUCUCACCAUCAGCAGCGCGAGCGGGGUGUCUACACGCGCAUACCGUCUUCACCUGCCCAGAUCAUACGACACAAACACGAAGGUUCCCCUUAUCUUGUCGUUCCACGGCCGCGGCAAGGACGCAAAGUUUCAAGAAGAGCUCUCGCAAUUCUCGAACGCGACGUACGAGUUCAAGGGUAUUUCUGUGUAUCCAGAAGGUAUUCCAACACCUUCAGGGACGCAACAAUGGCAAGGCGACCCAGACUUCCCCUCGUCUAUUGACGAUGUUACCUUUACGUUGGAGCUUCUGGAUCAACUGCAAGAGACCUACUGCAUCGACCCAUCGCAAAUCUAUGCCAGUGGGAAGUCUAACGGGGCUGGCUUUACAGGCGUGCUAGCCUGCGACGCAAAAGCAACAGAACGUAUCGCUGCAUUUGCACCGGUGUCCGGAGCCUUCUACCUGAAUGCCGGCCAACAACUACCACCUUGCAAUCCUAGCCGUCAUCCUAUCCCUAUCAUGGAGUUCCAUGGCUUCAAAGAUACUACGAUCCCAUAUGCGGGCGGCAGCAAUACGCGAGGGAAUGCAAACUCAACUGACGUGGUGACAUGGGUGGACGACUGGGCCAAGCGGGACGGAUUCGAGAUCGCUGCAAACAAGACGUCGCAUUUGUGCAGCGGAAAGCAGCUGGUGACUAGAUAUAGUUGGGACGAGACUGUUGUUCACUACAACUACACGAACCUGUACCAUGACUGGCCGAGUUCGUUCCCAAACGGCGACACUGAGAAGGCUUUAACAUGCGAAGAGGCGGAAGCGACGAGCAUCAUUCUAGAUUGGUUUAAGAACUGGACGUUGUGA